UCGCAUAUGCUGCCAUGCCGCUGUUAGGUGUCGCACGCAGAUAGCCUUAUUCAGUCAGCGUGAAGCCACAACACUCCGACAACUUCACCAAUAGAGAAAGUUAUGUUCCAACAACCACUACCAUGUCCGGCCUAGCCACAGAGAAAUGUGUCCUUAAUGUGGCAGGGAAGAAGUUCUGCAUCCGGCGAUCUCUGUUGCAAAGAUUUCCCUUGACAAGACUGGCAACGUUGACAACUUCUUCUGAGGAAUAUGAUAGUAGUACGGCGGAGUUCUACUAUGACCGGAACCCCACCAUGAUGCACUGCGUGCUUGACCUGUACCGGACAGGGGAGUUCCACAUCCCCAGCAACAUGUGCACCGUGGCGGUCCGGAGGGAGAUGGAGUUCUGGGAGAUCUCUGAAGACAUGGUGGCGGACUGCUGCUGGAAGUCCUUCUCCGUACACGUCCACGACAAGGAGGUGCAGAAGAAGAUCCAGGAAACCUUUAAGGAAGACAUUGAUCUGAUGUACACGAAGGAGACCUCCCUCAAACAGGUCAUCUGGCUGACCAUGGAAAACCCAGAGUACUCAUUUGUCGCAAAGGUAUGGAACAUCAUGUACCUCAUCUUCAUCUCCGUGGCCAUCGUAGUCUUCUGUCUUUUCAAUGAGCCGAUGUUUAGGGUGAAGAUCCACAGGGACAACAAUGGCUCUACCAACAAUCAGUCUACGUACGACGACACUACGACGUUGGGGAUGUUGAUGAACACGCUCCCCAAUCCCUACCUGUACGUCAUUGACAACAUCUGCCUUGUCUUCUUCACUAUAGAGAUUGUGAUUCGUCUAACGGUGUGUCCCAACAAGCUCCGGUUCUUUAAACAUCCACUGAACAUACUCGACAUAUUUCUUAUCGUUGUAAUGUGGACGGUGUUCAUCAUGGAUCGAUUCCCCGAAGUCUCCGACGAUUCCUCUGAUGUGAAGAGAGUCGAAACCUUCUUGCGUCUAUGUUUUUCGUUGAGGAUUUUUAGAGUUCUACACUUCGGAAAAAGAUCCCAAACCAUGAAAAUUCUUAUCCUCACGUUCAAGUCAAGUGCAAGAGAGUUGUCGGUCCUGAUGGUUGGGCUGGCAAUGGCGGUCCUGAUCUUUGCUACUUUAGUUUUCACCACCGAGAUGGUACUUAUGUCACACACAUUCGACAGCAUCCACAAAGCCUUGUGGUGGGCACUUAUUACCAUGACAACGGUGGGUUACGGCGAUUAUGUCCCAAAGUCAGUCCCUGGGCAAGUGGUGGGUUCCAUCAGUGCGAUAAUAGGACUCCUCAUACUAUCGCUACCUAUUGCUAUAAUCGCCUCCAACUUUAACGUCUACAUCUCCAACGUCAGUGCACGGGAGCUGCGCAAGAAGCAGACGUUCCAUGUCGAGACCAAGCCCUCCACCGCCCUGUCUGCAGCGGGCAGCACUGGUGAGGAGCACCCUGUUGGGACAGCCCACGUGACAAAACUAGAAGUAAAGGAAGUGGAUGAUGAUAUGUAAUGUGUAAUUGUGUGAAGCGUGUUGCAGAAAAACACACAUCGCGGUAUAACAAACGUAACCGGGAGGAGCUUGUGUAUCGUAUUAAUAGCUAUAUAGCCUUCGCGUGUCCUGGAUAUUGUUGAUAUACUGAAUUCUUUUUCUGUCAAAAAAAAGUAUCUUCAACAUAUAAAGUUAUGCAGAGCAGCAUAACAAGUUGUGCCAGUAUAGAGUACAUGUUCGAUUCGCUGGCUGCUCUGUGGUUGCCUUGCUACCUACAAAUCACUCACUGCCUUCCUCGUGAGGAUGGACGAUCCCUCUGUAUCUGGACAUGAACAUGUGUUAGUGGAGAAUUCUCUGCUAGAGAGGCGGGCAUUUGUGACUUGGUGGACGCAGCACGGCGCAUUAACCUGUAGCCAGAACAGUUUUAAUACUGUACAAUUGCAAUUUUCACAGUUUCAGGUGUGGAAGUCGAAGGUCUGGCAAAUAGAUUAAACAGCGCAGAUACUAUAGCGCUGGUAAUUUUAAUGUUAUUCUUGUACGUGUUUAACACACUCUUGUCGAUAGAAUUGGGAGGAUGCGUGUUCCAUAUGUAGGGGUCCAAGGGGUUGUAUAUGAAGAUGACGUAGAGAAACCAACAUUUUUACACAUAUAACAUCGUCGUGUUUCUACAUUAUGCGAUUUUAUGUAUACUGACGAAGUCGUUUGUAAGCACUGAAGAAGCUGAAAGAAUGUCAACAGUUCGGAUAUGCGAGGUAUUUAAUGCAAAGACGUCGUGUAGUCAUAUAUUUGUCUCUUAUGUUACUUAUCGCCAAUAAAAAAAUAUAUCAAAUUCUUCAAGUAAAUACAUGUUGAAUACUGGGAGUUUAAU